UCGGGUCUGACUCCUCUCCGGCUCUGACUACACUCCAGGUCUAACUCCACUCCAGCUCUGACUCCAGUCCAUGACUUCCAGACUCCCAACGGUUUCCAAACCGUCACUUUGCUCCUCCUUCGCGGGUAAAGAUGUAAACACCGGCGCCCUGGUUGUGAAGCUACCGCCUGUUUCUCUGCGCUGGACCCUCCCGCCAUGAUGGAGGACUACGAGGAGUUCGCGGCGAACCGUCUCUCUGAGCUGAGGAGUCCGGCAGACCCCCCCUCUGCCCCGGGGAGGCUCUGCGGCCAUCGGUCCCUGAUCCGCUUCCACGGCCGCUGCGUACUUCCGCCCCUGUUGUCAGGGGAACGGAGAGAGGAGAUGCGGACGUUGAAGGAACAUCUGAAGAAGCCGUCUGAUCGUAGCGAGUCAGCGGCCAGCGGACUGGUCGACCGCGUACGACACAUCCUGCACAGCGUGCAGCUUCGGAAAGCACCGACUCUGCAGGAGUUCUUUGAGGAGAAGUCCGGCCUCCCCCCUCUCAGCCCCCCCUCCUCCCCUCACGAGGUCCCCCCGCUGACCUCGACCACCUACAGUGGAAUGUCUCGAAGCCCCCCACCCCCCCACUCACAACCCCUACUGGACCCCCCUGGGGGCGUCAGCCAGCGGCCCCAGUCCUCCGGGGACGGGACCCACAACGUGAUGGGGAGGGCCGACUGGGCGAGGGAGAGCCGUGUGGAGGGGGGGACGUCCCUGGGGGGCUUCCUCCUCUGCAGCCCUUCCAACAGGGCCGCCAUGACGCCAGACAUCAUCAGUCACCCGCCCAUCGACGGGGAGAAGCUGGAGCGCUCUGCCAUGGACACUUCCAUCGAGGAUUGUCUGAUUGCCAAUGACAUGCUCACAGAGGUCUGUAGCGCAGAGCCAGACCAUAAACAGUCAGUCAUUGGCUCGCUCUCAGCUGAGUCCGGCCCCCCAGUGGGCCAUCUGGUCACAUGUGUCCCACUAGGAACGGCCCCGGAAACGAAUCAUGGUGUGAGAGCUCCAUCAGCACAAGGUGACUCCUAUGGCCGCCGUGACACUGGGUGUGGCCAGGAGGGUCCAGGCCCUACCGUGGAGGCUGGCCCGGAGGUGACCCUGUCCCCAGCCACAACACCACCCCUUCAGGUACUGGGAGGGUCGUCCAGGCCGCCCGGGGAGCCCGGGGAGCCCGGGGAGCCCUACCGCCUCAGCCUCCAGGCCCUGCUCAAGAAGUCCCAGGAGUGCCGGCAGCAGCAGCGAGCGCUCAGGAACCAGGCCAGACCCGGCCGGGUGGUCCCGGAGAGAGACCGGGGCACAGAGGAGAGCCUGUCGGACAAAGAGAACCAGGAGGUCCCCCAUAAGGCCCCCCAUAAGGCCCCUCAGAGGAGGAGCACCAAACACACCAUUGGGGACCCCCCAGCAGACACCGCCCUGAACAAGUGGGGCAAGGAUGAGCAGGAAGGGUCUCAGGUAGAAGACCUCGCUUUAAAAGGUUCCACCGAUGAAUUCACAACCUCACACAACACCAACGGCCUCAGUUCAACAGGCAGAGCAAACUCAGAGUCUUUGGACUUAGGAGGCAGAAGUAAAACCAUCCCUGAAAACAUUCCGCCUGCUCUCUCACCUGGAGGUGCCCACGAGGCGUCCUCCAACCCUGUGGAGGCCUCUGCUCUGCCCCCUGAGGGGUCAGCCCCCGCCCCCAGGGCUGGAGGUACGCUCCGGGGGGUCAGUGAUCCUCAGAGAGGAGGGGGCUACCACGUCCUCCCCAGUCCUGUGCUGUGCACCAGCCCGGUUCACUGUAAGAGCAGAGGGCUCCAUGAGGGGGGGCACGCCCACCCUGAGCCCGGAGCGCACAACGGUCACAGCCGGGGGCAGCCGGGGGCACAGCCCGUCCAGGGAGGGGGUCCAGCAGGACUCGCGCUGAGCAGGAGCUCAGCUCACACGCAGCAGAUGGACCAGCUGGAGCUCAACCUGUCCGGCCUCAAGCUGCUCAUCUCUGAGCUGGAGUCCACCAUCACAGAGAACAUGAGGAACCAGGCCCCGCCCGGAGACCCUCCUCACGGGGGCCACAGCCUCUCUGGGGAGGGGCGUCCUGGCCGGGACAACGCCUGGACCGGGGGCCCCACUGAUGAAGACACAGACCCUGAGCUGUGGGACUUCAUAGACCUCCCGUACUUCAGACCGCACCGAGGAGGGGACGGCGGGGGGGGGAGCCACGGGAGCCCAGGCCAGGCCCCGGCCCGCGGCCUGGCCCGGGGGUCGGCUGCUGGAGGGGGGGGUGGGGGCUCCCCCAGCGCCCAGGGGGCCCCCGGGGCCAGAGGACCCCUCACCUGCUCCAGGAUCCCCCAGCCGUCUGCAAAGCGCCCCUCCGUCUCCCCCAGGCCGCUCAUCCCAGAAGCAUUCUGGGAGAUUCAGCCGGUCAGGGUGCAGUCGGACAGCAGCAACCAGCCGUUCAGGGUGCAGUCGGACAGCAGCAACCAGCCGUUCAGGGUGCAGUCGGACAGCAGCAACCAGCCGGUCAGGGUGCAGUCGGACAGCAGCAACCAGCCGUUCAGGGUGCAGUCGGACAGCAGCAACCAGCCGGUCAGGGUGCAGUCGGACAGCAGCAACCAGCCGUUCAGGGUGCAGUCGGACAGCAGCAACCAGCCGGUCAGGGCGCAGUCGGACAGCAGCAACCAGCCGUUCAGGGUGCAGUCGGACAGCAGCAACCAGCCGUUCAGGGUGCAGUCGGACAGCAGCAACCAGCCGGUCAGGGUGCAGUCGGACAGCAGCAACCAGCCGGUCAGGGUGCAGUCGGACAGCAGCAACCAGCCGGUCAGGGGCAGGCCACCAGCCGCAGUGGCGGAGGGCGACCCUCUGAACCGGUCGUACGACGUGGAGCGUCCGUCGGGACUCUGGCGCCUGGACCCUUCGGGGUCCGGGGCCGGUUCGUACCUUUCUCCCGUCCCGGACCACAAGCGCCGGACCCCGGAGAGCGAGGGAGGGGCCGGAGGGCAGGGGGGCGUGUCCAAGGCCAAACGCAGACUGCUCAUGCAUGCAGAGCAGGCGGCAGAGGAGAGGAGGCGGGGCAGACUCUCGUACGCCAGCCCCCCCAACGCCUCUCCACCGGGCCGUGGUGCCGGGGGCGACCCGGGAGACGAGCUGAAGCUGGCGCAUGCCGCCCAGUGGAGGGCGCUGCAGGCUGAGCAGGGCGUCCAGCAGCAGCACCUCCUCCAGGCGUUGUCGGAGCGCUGCCGUCUCCUUCAGAGGGUGUCCUCGCUCUGCCCGCCGUCUGUCUCCUGGCCCGGGGACGCCGCCACCUUGUCGGGAGGCGGCGUCCUCUCAGACGUCUGCUUCCAGCUCCCCCUGCCCGCCGCCCCGCCCCUACAGUCUGUGGGGCGGUCUCUCCCUGAGCGCUGGCGCCCCCUGGUGGCGGCGGCCGUGAAGGGUUUCCUGACGCGCCGGCUGCUGAGGACCGGGAGGGUGCAGCAGCUGCGACGCACGGCCAGGGACACCCAGCAGUUCCUGCAGGCCUUUGAGAAUCAGAGUCCGGGGGGGCGAGAGGGGCUGUGCAGCAGACAGGACGGGUUGCUGUGGGAGAGAGUCACCCUGCAGCUGCGGUCUGUCCGCUACGAGAUCCAUGAUGUUUUCUUCAGGCUGACGGCGGCUGAGAAGAUGCAGCUGAUUCGCUGGGACAGAGAGCUCAAACAACAGACAGGGCCGCCAGGUCGGGUCGUUGGAAAGAGUUCUCUGUCUGCUGCCACACAGAAAUCCUUGGAGAGGAAAAGAAGACUCAUGAUGCAGCAGAAGGUCCCAGACCGGCCUUGGGUCAGAGGGGCCCAGGGUCCUCACCUUAGGGGCCCACCUACACCACAACGCAGGCCGGGGCAGCUCAGGACCUCAAGGCCUCAGAGGGGCCCCAAGACCUCCAGGACCGGUAGACGCUGAGAGCCUCUGAAGAACCACUGGGAACACCACAUAUAUGUAUCACCGUGGACCAGAGAUUAGCCUAGAAACGUGUUUCUGUUGAUAUUUUUGCAUUGCCAAUGUUUUAUAAUUAUAUUUAUACAUUUUUUAAUAAACGUUUUUUAAGUUUAAUAAACGUUUCUAUUUAAAGGUUUUGUGGGUCUGUCUCUCUCUGUGUG